CUCCGAAAAAAUUUGCAAAAUUCUGUAUUAUGAUUUUACAGUUUCAUUUGAAAUGACUUUCCUUUUCCACAGUCAAAGUUUUCGUAGAUCUACCCAUAUUUCUGGAUGACCCACACUGUUAGAUAAAUAACACCAUAUUACUCUUCUUUCCAUUGAUUUCCCGUUUUUCGCAGUUCUUUCAGGAAAUUCUGUGUCUUGUUUGUGCUGACUCAUUCAAAGUUUCUUGAAUCUAUAUAUACUUCUUCCAGGUCAGCUAUCGUGUGAGAUACAUAAUACAAUAUUGUUUGCCCUUUCUGUUUUGAUCUAUAAUGAAACAACACUCUCCAUUUGAAGUUGUCUGUCGUCUAUGCUGGCUGCCAUGUAAAUGCUAAAAAUUCUAUCGAAACGUACUCUCCUCCACUGGAGGACAGGUACACCUAAUACGAGAGGAGAGGUGAAGUUUUGUUUUCGUAAUUAACUAGCUUAGGAUCCAGUUUACUUCCGACAAUUCGUCAAAACAGAGACAGAAAGCAGCUGUGUAGUGAAAAACAAGUUUCUCGAAGUGGUUGCUGAGCCUCUAGCAAGCUGUGUGUGCUGUGGGAGAGUGGAGAUGAAUUUUAUUUCGUACUUAGCAGCUUAGGUUUGUGUUGACCUCCGACAACUCGUAAAAACAGAGGGUAGGAAGCUGUGCGCUGGAAACGGCGUUUGUCGAAAGGAUUUUUACGCUUCAUGGAAGACGUGUUUGUUACUAAAGAGAGCAGUGUUUCAAACAAUAUGUUUGCGUUCAGUUCUGAAAAUUUGUAAUCAUGAGUGCUGUGUAGCAAGGUUAUCGGAAAGGUUUCCAAGUCUCUGGAAACAUUGGGUGUUCCUUAAGAGCACAGGUGAACUCUUUUUAGCAGUUUACGUGUCCGCUCGCUUCCUAGAGUUCAAGAGACAGAGGAGGAGAGAAUGUGUACUUGAAAUCGAGUUUAUCGAUAAGGCUUCUAAGACUGCACAGGUAGUGUGUAUUGUUAAAUAGGUCACAUUGGAUGCUAAGGUUACUGUUGACUUCCGACAGCUCGUCAAAAUGGACUGAGAAAAAGAGAAUCUGUGAGUUGAAAAUCACGUUUGUCAAUGGGUUACUAAGGCAGAGUGUGCUACUGCAGAGGGCAGGAGAACUUCUUUUAGUACUUCGCGACUUAGGUUCCCGUUCAUUUGAAAAUGACCGGAACAGAACAGAGAAUGUGAACUGGGUAUAACGUUUGUGGAAAAGGUUUCUAAGCCUGUGGGAAAUAGCGUGUGUUGCUAGAGAGGGCGGGAGAAUUGUUUUUCUUGCUUGGCACCGUUCAGGUCCAGUUCACCAACACAGUGAGACCGAAGGCUCAAGGCGAGGCAUGGAGGCGGUGCUGGACGCGUACUUCGACGAGGUGUUCCCGCGCGUGGCGCGCGACUACCUGCUGGCGCGCCACCGGCGCAAGCAGCUGGCGGACUACUUCGGUCACGUGGUGGCCGGCUGGUGCCGCGCCGGCGUGGGCGACGGUGAGGGCGGCGCCGGGCCCGUGUCGCCGCAGCUGGGGGCGGCGCGCGCCGUGCGGGCGGCCGUGCGCUUCCACCGCCGCACCAAGGCCGACAACGGCGGCUCCGUCUGCCGCAUGGGCAAGUUCCACAACAUCCUCUAUGUGGCGGCCCGCAUGUGCGUCGACUGGCGCGUGCAGGACACGGAGGCGGUGUCGGAGCUGCUGGCGGAGAUCUACGCCUGCGAGCGCACCCUGGAGAGGCUGUUCGCGGGUGCGGUGUUCGGCCCCCGGGCGACGCACUUCAUCGCCGGCUGGAAGAGCGACUUCGGCGACGGAGCUGAGGGUCUGGCGUGCACGCAGUACUUCCUGCAACACGCCGCCGCCGCCCGAAUGCAAUUCCCGGACGGGUGCGGCGGCGGGCGACGAGCGGCCGACGUCCCGAUGGCGGAGUACCGGCGCUCCACGGCGCUGGCUGCGGCGAUGCAGGUCUGCAAGCCGGACGUGGCGCUGCUGCUGCUAAGGCACGGGGCGCGCUUCGCCGCCAACCUGGCCGAGGAGGACCGGCCCGUCCGAGGCGGCGAGAUGCCGCCGCGGCCACUGGUGGUGAUACCGCAGUGGGGGCGGGACGGCGGCGACGCGGCGCUGUGCUUCCGGUACGCGCUACGUGCGGCGCCACUGGCGCUCCCCUACCCGGGCGUGGCGCGCGCGCACCCCGCGUGGUCGGACCACGUGUACAUCACGUGCGAGGGCGGCGACGCGGCCGCGCUGCUGGCCGUGCCGCCGACGCUCAAGCACCUCAGCCGCUGCGCCAUCCGGCUCGCGCUGUGGCGCCAGCACCGCCUGCCAGACGGCGUCUUCCAGCUGCCGCUGCCCGCCUGCCUGCUCAAGUACCUCGACCUCGCCGAGGACUAGCCAGGCGGCACAUCACGAGUCCUCACCGCGUCACGAGUUCAUCUACAGAUCUGAAACUAAGUACAUAACGUCAAGCGAAACAAACUUCACUAGGGCCCCUGUCGUGAAUUCAUUGUCACUCAUCAGCGGCAACUUCACGGCCGAUAUAACCGCGCGAUGUCAUCCUGCCCUUUCCUAACCUACUGAUUAUUCAACAGUGAAUAUUUUGAACAAAUUGGCGGAAUUGCCACGGGUAGUCCUCUGUCCCCUCUGGUAGCAACCUCUUUUAUGGAAGACUUUGAGGAGAGGGCUCUUGAUCUAGCAGAAUUUAAGCCAUAGGUUCUGGCGAUGUUGUUGUUGUUGUGGUCUUCAGUCCUGAGACUGGUUUGAUGCAGCUCUCCAUGCUACUCUAUCCUGUGCAAGCUUCUUCAUCUCCCAGUACCCACUACAACCUACAUCCUUCUGAAUCUGCUUGCUGUAUUCAUAUCUUGGUCUCUCUCUACGAUUUUUACCCUCCACGCUGCCCUCCAAUACUAAAUUGGUGAUCCCUUGAUGCCUCAGAACAUGUCCUACCAACCGGUCCCUUCUUCUUGUCAAGUUGUGCCACGAACUCCCCCCAAUUCUAUUCAAUACCUCCUCAUUAGUUAUGUGAUCUAUCCAUCUAAUCUUCAGCAUUCUUCUGUAGCACCACAUUUCGAAAGCUUCUAUUCUCUUCUUGUCCAAACUAUUUAUCGUCCAUGUUUCACUUCCAUACGUGGCUACACUCCAUACAAAUACUUUCAGAAAUGACUUCCUGACACUUAAAUCUAUACUCGAUGUUAACAAAUUUCCCUUCUUCAGAAACGCUUUCCUUGCCAUUGCCAGUCUACAUUUUAUAUCCUCUCUACUUCGACCAUCAUCAGUUAUUUUGCUCCCCAAAUAGCAAAACUCCUUUGCUACUUUAAGUGUCUCAUUUCCUAAUCUAAUACCCUCAACAUCACUCGACUUAAUACGACUACAUUCCAUUAUCCUCGUUUUGCUUUUGUUGAUUUUCAUCUUAUAUCCUCUCUUCAAGACACUAUCCAUUCCGUUCAACUGCUCUUUCAAGUCCUUUGCUGUCUCUGACAGAAUUACGAUGUCAUCAGCGAACCUCAAAUUUUUUAUUUCUUCUUCAUGGAUUUUAAUACCUACUCCGAACUUUUCUUCUGUUUGCUUCACUGCAUGCUCAAUAUACAGAUUGAAUAACAUCGGGGAAAGGCUACAACCCUGUCUCACUCCCUUCCUAACCACUGCUUCCCUUUCAUGCCCCUCAACUCUUAUAACUGCCAUUCGGUUUCUAUACAAAUUGUAAAUAGCCUUUCGCUCCCUAUAUUUUACCCCUGCCACCUUCUGGCGAUAUGUGGAUGAUACUAUUGUAGUGUGGCCCCACGGUGAAGAACUGCCUUGCUUUUUACAACGUCUGAAUUUAAUCCGCGAUAAUACCAUAUUUUUGGAUGGAACUGGAGAAGUGCCGCUGUAAGCCGUUUUUGGACGUCUUGGUCAGUAGACACGUGGGCGGAUCAUUAGGGCAUUCCGUUUACCGUGAGCCCACACAUACAGACCUGUAUUUGCAGGCAUCUAGCUGUUACCACUCAUCAGAACUAUGGGCGUCCUUCGAAAGCUGGUACACUGUGUGAAAAGGAACUAAAAAAUGUUGUAAUUUAAUCUCAAAGAUACAAGAAGAAAAUUUGUUCGACUGUCAUACCAGAGGAAUACUCUAAAAAAAUUUUUUUGUCAUUGAGAGACAAAGGACUAAUCUAGAUUCUUUUAUUACUUCUAGUAUUAACUACCUUUUUGUUCUGAUGUGCUGGCGUAAAGACGUACUGUAUAGCUUCAUGUCUAUGUGUGUGUUAAAUGAAUGUGUUAAAUGAUGAAAAAUGUGUUUUAUAAUUUCUGUCAAUAUCAAGCCUAAAUCCCAUACCAAUGGAGCUCAGAUUAUUCUGUUAAUUCGAGAAGGCGAAUUUUAGAUGGAGGCGACGAUCUUUACGACGGCGCUGCUCGACAAUAGAGGUACGUGAUUGUGCUCACUGCUUUCCUUUGGUGGCCGCUAAGAUUAAUUUCGAUGUGUUUUUGCCGAGACAUUCAGAAGCUGCAAUCUUCCUUUUCGUCUAAAAAUAGGAGUCCGAUUGAAAAAGAAAUAUUCUUAAAUUUAAUUAAUUGCAAUUCUUUUACCCAGGCCACGGGGAAUGAUAGAAAGUACGUGCCUCUACUCUGAUUGUACGUUCGCAAUUUCCGAGUGUGUUACGACGUAAUUAUUUUACACAAAGAAAAUUAAGAUAGAUCAUUCUCAUCAGAUCGCAAUCACUCGUACGCGAAUGUACGUACCCUCUGAAUGUGUCUAGUCAGUCGUGCGCAUUGUUCUAAAGCUUUUCUGUUAAUAUUCUGUGGAUUGCAUCUCCGCAAUUAAUUUUUGUUUAUGCCGCAAAUCGCACUUCACGCCAAGUAUUUAUUACGCAAGUUUCAGGCUCCAUUUAAUGUCAAAAAAUUCCGAAGUACGGCUGACUAAGCAAACCGCUACAAUAAUUUCAUAUCUCUACAAAAACAAUAACAAAAAAAC